AUGGCGAGCUCCUUACCGCCCCUCGUUCCCUUCCCGUCCUCACAAUGGCGCGCCAAACUCACACCGCAGGACUGGGAAUCCCUUCUCGAAGCUUGGACGACGCUCACGCUGGCCUACCUCGCCCUCACCGACGUCCAGCUCUCGAAAGCCGCCUCAAAAGAAGACUCCUCCAUCCCGCCCUUCCUCUCAUCCUUCGUCACCGAAGUCGCCAACGCAGGGCCUUCACCUGUCCUCGGCUCAUCCGCAAACUCCAAGGCUCUUCUUAGGUCGACAUUCACGCUCACAUCCCGGCUCCUCACGACGCCCUCACACCCUCCCCCCGUGGCUCUCACGACGCCGGCCUUCCUCGGCGCAUUUAGCAAACUCUACCGCAAAAACGCCCCCUCCACUCUUGCAAAAGCCUUCGACCUGCACAGCUCCGCGCUCGAACAGCCUCUAGCGGGCCUCAAAAAGUCCCUCACCCAAUCCCUCGAAGCCGGCCUCAAGGCAGACCUCAAGUCCCUCGAGGCCCGCCUCGCGACCCUCAACCACCUCCUGCACGCCUCGCCCCACGCGGCGGCCUUCUUCCUCGCGGGGAGCGACUUCCUCGACGGCCUCGUCUCGGCUUUCAAAAUCACCAACCCGCCCCUCCGCAAAGUCCUCGUCGCGACGGCCUACGUGGGCCUCAUCGGCCUGACGGAGGGCGAGCAGCCCCGCUUCGGCAUGUUGGCGGACGUGCUCUUCUCGCUAAAGUCCGCCGCCGAGACGCACAAGGCCGGGCCCCUCAACGUCAACGACUCGCUUGUCGCGGAGCUGGUCACGGUCACGCCUGUGCUGAAGCAGCUGCUGAAGAAGGCCGAGGACAAGGGCGCGGCGUCAACGGCGCUCAAGUCGCGCAUCUCUGCCCUCGAAGGGUUCCGGAAGCCGGGCGGCGGCAUGAUGAAGCCCAAGAGGUUCGUCAAGAGAAAGGUCGACAAGGGCAAGGGCAAGGACGUGGCGGACGAGGGGCAGCUCCAGGUCGAGCUGCACAUGCACCGACAGAGCCAGAUUUCGCUCAUCCAGGACCUGUUCCCUGACCUGGGCUCGGGUUUCAUUUCAAAGCUGUUUGACGAGUACGGCGAUAACACGGAGGUCGUCACGGCGCAUUUGCUCGAGGACUCGCUACCGCCGCACCUCGCGACGGCAGAUCGUGCGGCGCAGCUGUCACCCAGGCUUGAGAGAAGAAAGAGCCAGCUCGAACCCAGACCGACGCCCCCGCAAUUACCGCAGCGCCAUAACGUUUUUGACGAUGAUGAACUUGAUAGACUAGAACUAGAUGUUUCCAGACUCCAUUUCGGAAAGAAGGCCCCCGAGAGGACGGCCGACGACGUCCUCAAGGACAGAUCCACCGCACCCAACAAGGCGGCGAUCCUGUCCGCGCUCGCGGCGUUCGACUCGGACGACGACGAGCGCGACGAUACCUACGACGCAGACGAUGUUGGCGGAACAGUAGACAAUGCCAACGAAGAGGCGGACGGACAGAAGGACGCCAGCGAGGAGACGCUGUACAAGGCCUUCCAGGCGGAUCCCGCCGUGUUCGACAGACAGGCUACGACGAGGAGAGGCCCGGCGAGAAGCAAGUUGAGGGAGGACACGGGCAUGACAGACGAGGCGAUUGAGGGCUGGGCUGUGAUGCUCUCAAGGAAUCCCGGCCAGAAGCGACGCCUCGAGGCCAAGUACAACGGCGCCGCGGCGUUCACCGGCACCCAGACCGAGAUCUUGUCGACGGCAUGGCGAGCCAGUCCGGCUGGCUCAGGCGCCGAGGAGUCCGACCCCGACGGAGGAAGUUCGUCGAGGGGCGGCAGAGGCGGCCGUGCUCGCGGGGGUCGUGGACGUGGCAGAGGCGGCGGGAGGGGAGGCGGCAACGUGGCGGGCCCGACGGGCGAGAAGGAGACCGAGGCCGCGCGGAGGAGAAAGGAGGCCAGCAAGGGCUCGAGGGCGAACCACAACCGGCGAGACCAGAGGGCCAAGAAGAUGGCGAGAGGCGGGUUCCCCGGCUGA